CUGCGUAUCACGUGUGCUCAGAAUGCACUCUAAACAGUCUGGUGUGGGGUGACAGUUAAAGGCCUCUUUGCAGAGAGCUAAACAGAUCCCAGUGCAAGCAAGUGUCAAGUGUGUCAGAAGACACUGGGAUAAACAAAACAACCUUUUCUGUUUGGAAAUCCGACGCGCAGUUAAGGAAGUCAACAGUUUAAAGUGGAUCCAUCAUGGCAGCCGCCCGUGUGUCCAUGCCGGGUGCCACAGACACCAACCUGGAAUUUGCUGACUACAGUCUCUAUAGCAACCUGUCUGAUGAUGAACUCAUGCAGCUGGCAAUCGAGCGAAGUAUCUCCGAUGCCCAGAACUCUGGGUCAGGCAACGAAAACUCAAAGACCCCCAUUGCUCUAAACAGACGAGCAGGCCCACGCCAAGCUCCACCAUCACACCCAGAACCAGUCGCGUGUCCCGCCAAUCCACCCAGAACAAUAAACUCAGAUGAUGUGAGCUCAGUGAGCCACUUUGUGACUGGUUAUGGCAAGCGAAUGGUGGCGUACCGAAAAUACGAUGGAAGUAUGCAAGUCGUCCCUGAGCCUGAAGAGGAGAUUGAGCCUAUUGUUAAGGCCAUUUCGGAAGGAGAUGUGGGAUCAGUGAGACUGUUGGUUAAGCAACCUGGGUGCAACCUUCUUAAACCAAAUAAAGAUGGAUGGAUUCCUUUGCACGACGCUGCAUAUUAUGGACAAGAUCAAUGCAUUAAAAUUAUCCUAAGAGCUCAACCUGGGAUAAUCAACCAGCGCACUUUGAAAGAGCAGACUGCCUUAAUGUUGGCUGUGAACAGAGAACAUCUUGCAUGUGUGGAGUGUCUUCUGGAGAAAGGAGCUGAUCCUGAUAUUGCCAACAAAGAGAGGGAGACUGCCCUUUACAAAGCUUGUGAGAAGGAGAACCCAGCGAUGGUUGCCAUGUUACUAAAUUACGGCGCCGCUGUGAAUAAGAGCUGUAUUCAAGGCUGGACGGCUCUUCAUGAGAGUGUAUGCAGGAACAAUGUGGAAAUCUGUGAGAUGCUGAUGAAAGCUGGAGCCAAAGUCAGCAUGGCCAACAUGUACGGAAUCACUCCCAUCUUUGUGGCUGCCCAAAGUGGAAAAGUGGACACACUUCGCAUGCUUUUAAAAAAUGGUGCAGAUCUCAACAGCCAAGCUGCAGAUGGAGCCACAGCGCUGUAUGAGGCCUCUAAGAAUGGUCAUGAGAACAUUGUAGAGUUUCUUUUAUCUCAAAAUGCAGACGCCAACAAGCCAGGCAAAACAGGACUGUUGCCAAUCCACAUCGCUGCCCAGCGUGGCAAUGAUAGCAAAGACCUCCUCACUUUGGGGUGUACCAGCAAAAAUGUCAGGGCAACUAAUAUCAUAUCCAUGCUGAUCCCAGCCACGAGCAAGGCCAGAGUGAGACGUACAGGUAUCAGCCCCCUCCACCUCGCAGCGGAGCGCAACAGAAACGAUAUUCUUGAAGAACUGAUCGAGGCCGGCUUUGACGUCAAUGCCACGUUGUCUGAGGAUCGUUCUAUGAUGUAUGAAGAUCGACGCAGCACAGCUCUGUACUUUGCCGUUAUGAACAACAACAUCGAUGCUACCACUAUGCUCCUGAAGGCCGGUGCCAAUCCAAACCUGGACACGUUCAACCCGCUCCUGGUGGCCCUGAGGCAGGGUUGCAUCCAGACGGUGACUUUGCUGGUGGAACACGGCGCUAACGUCAAUGUCUACAUCCCAACUCAUCCAACUGCCUUUCCAGCAAGCGUCAUGUUCUGCAUGAAGUAUCUGCCGUUACUGAAGUACCUAAUGGAUAACGGCUGUGAUGCCUUGUCGUGUUUCAACUGCGUUUACGGCAGCAAUCCUCAUCCCCCUAUAAAGACUAGACGAAAUCCAAGAUAUGAUGCAGAUGAAUCUGUAGAAAAGACCUGUGUACAGUUCUGUGAGUUAAUCUCCACCGAAAACUACUCCCGCUGGGCAGGACCGAUUAUAGACGUGCUGCUUGACUAUGUUGGGCAUGUGAAACUCUGUGCAAGACUCACUGAACAUCUGGACAGUUACCACGAGUGGCAGGGCAUCAAAGAGAAAGCGAUGCCUCCACGCCCACUCAUGCAGCUCUGCAGACUGACAAUCCGCAAAAUGCUCGGGAUCAAGAGGCUGAAGAAAAUAUACAGGCUCCCGGUUCCUCCAAGGCUGAUCAAAUUCCUAAAUCAUCAAGAACGAGAGCAAGACCUUUAAGACUGCUUUUGAAUGUUGACUCUGCAAACACAGAGAGAAAAAUGUCAUUAGAAAAUCAUAUAUAUAUAUAUCUGUUUGCAGAAAUUGUUAGCUAAAAUGAUAGAAUAAAUUGUCAGUAUUUGUACAUAUUAAUAGUUCAUAUAGUUAAUAGUUAAAUAAAAUGCCAUAAAUGUUUAUAUGUAAUUAUAAGUAAUAAUCAGAAUUUAGGGAACAUGUAUUGGAAAGAUUUAGUAGUAGUAUAUAUUUUAUUUUGUCAGUAAAUGUAUGUUUUUUAUGUCAUAACUUUUUUUAAAUGUAGUAGAAAUGUAUUAAAAGUAUUAAGAAAUGUACUUAAUGCUUAUAUGUAUAGUUUUGUAUUUUUACUUUUACUUUUUUGCAAUGCGAAACAAAACUCAAAGAUUACAUCACAUGCUUUAAACUAUAAAUUCUGUUAUAUAACAUUUUUAAUUUGAAUGAAUUUCCCUGAGUCAGUCGGUGCUUUAUAAGGUACCGUGACAAUGCCUAUGUUUGAACUACAUCCAACAAAUCACUUAUCAGUAUCAAUCUACCAAUAAAAUGUCAAUUGUUAAC